AUGGCUGUGUCUCACAAAACAAAUAAUUUAAUCAACUGUAAUCGAUGCCAUUUACCAUUUAAUUUUAAAAAUACCGCGCCAAAAAUGUUAUCGUGUAAACAUUGGUAUUGUUUCAAUUGUCUGGAACAUUUAUUGCACAACAACAACAAUAAUAAUAACAACAACAACAACAUCACAGCCAAAGUUAGCGAACAAUUUCUCGACUGUUUACAAUGUCAAAGGUCAAUUGACAUGCUGGGCUUGGGCUUGCAACAAUCGGGAGAACAAAUUGUACAAAAUUAUGAAAAAACGAAACUACAAAUUAAUAAUAAUCAUCAUCAUCAUCAUUAUAUUAAUCAUAAUAAUAUUAACAAUAUCAAUAAUCUUAAAAGUGAUAAUAAUAAUAUGACAACAUUUGGUUGUGAAGAUGAAUUUGCUCAAAGGGAUUUUGAAUUGGAAAAUGGUAAUAAAACAAGAUCGGCUUCAUUAAAUUCAGAGAAUUCUGCUGGCAGCUUUGUGUAUUUUACCAACAAUAACAACCAUAAUAAUGCAGCUAAUGAUCUGGAGGUUAAUUUGCAUUUAAGAAAUCGUAAUACGAAUACAGCCUCCAAUGGAACAGAGAAAAUGCUGCCCGGAGAAAAUUGCUUCAUACACGGCAUGCCCAACACUUUAUGGUGUCAAACAUGUCUGACGGUUUUGUGCAGAGGUUGUAAUGCUGGCUUAGAGCAUAAAGAUCACAAGGUGGAAAAUCAAUUGGAGGCCAAAGAAUUCUAUCAGAAUAGAGUCAAGCAGGAGUUUCUGCAAAUCCAGCACAGUGUGGAGGAAAUGGAAAAUUUAAAACUUUUACAAAAGGGCUUCUUAUUAAAGCUAUUGGAAACUUGCUGCACUUUGAAGUUGCAAAUCGAACAUGAGCUGGUAAACACCUCGAAUACAGCGGACACCGAUGAAAUGAAGGAUACCAUGAAGAAUUUACAAUUAUGUUUUGGUUUAUUGGGCAAACAAACGCCCCACGAAAUCUUGAGACUCUACAAAGUCAUCAAAGAUGAAAAUUGCAAAUUUAAGCUGAAGCACAAACAAAUGUUGCAGCAAUGCAAGAUGCAGCAGCUUUUAACUAAAAGUCAAAAGAUUUUUGAUUUCGAAUUGCUGAAAGAGAUUUUACAGAAAAUCGAUGCCAGCAACUCAAACACGGCUGGUACACGUGAUAGUAAUUCCGUAAUGAUUUUAACCAACUAUUGCAUUUAUCGUUUGUACAUGUCCUACAUGAAGCAGCAGCAGCAGUUUAUCGAGCAACAAUUCAUGCGUUAUCAACAAUAUCAUCAGGAACAGAAACAGAACUUAAUCAAACAGUUUAAAAUGUUGCAGCAACAUACAGCUGCAGCAGCUGCAGCAACAUCUGUGGCCACACAUCAACAGCAAGACUCAAUGGCCGCAAACACCAAUGAAUUUACCACCUUCUACAGCCAGGAUAAGGACAAACCAAAAACUUAUGCCGAAAUAGCCACCCUACAAAAUGCCCACCAAUUUGAUGCUGGCGAUAACUCAAAUGGUUUUGAACUCAUACCCACCUCUAAUAAUUUCCAGCCGUACAAGAAACCUUUAACUAAAGCCUAUGAAGAGCCUCGUAAAACUGUUCAACUUCUCUUUAAUCCCAUCAACAAUGAAAAUAAUCAAAUUUAUUUCUUUGAUUUCGAACGUAAUGGCCUGCAUUUGGGUCGUGUGCUGAUUAAGGUAUUUGCCGAUAUUGCUCCCAAAAUGUCGUAUAAUUUCCAUGCUUUGGCCACCCAUGAAAAGGGUUUCGGUUAUACCGGCUGCAAGGUAUUCGAAUGUCAUCCCAACGAAAGCAUCAUAACCGGAGACAUUGAACAAAAUACCGGCUAUAGCAGUCGUUCUAUCUAUGAAGAUGUCCAAUUCAUACCCGAUGAUACAAAUAUAGCUCCGUUUCCAGGAGCUGUGGGCAUGCGCAGAGCCAAGAAGAAAUUCGAUUCUCAAGGUUUAGUGGGUUCUCAGUUUCGUAUUAUUUUAACAGAAUUGGGUUUUACAGCCAUCUUUGGUUGUGUUAUUGAAGGUUUAGAGGUGGUCAAGAAAAUUUCACAAACUUUAGUGCAAAAUGAUAAGCUACAUGGAGGGGCUGCUGCUGGUGGCGCUGCUGCUAAUCCCACGGUGAAUGGCAAUGGUGUGGCGGGGCCACCAUCUGGUGUUGGCUCUGUGGCUGGUAUAUUUAUAGCCCAGUGUGGUUUGUAUGAAUUUGUGAAACGUGAUUUAAUGUGUGGUAUUUAA